UGUCGUUUACUAAUCCGGCAUCACGAAGCGCCACAUGUUCCUCACGGAGGAGGUGCUCAAGGCCAACCCAGGCAUCUGCACGUACAUGGAGCCCUCCCUGAACGUCCGCCACGACAUCGUGGUCGUCCAGGUCCCCAAGCUCGCCGCCGAGGCCGCCCAGAAGGCCAUCAAGGAAUGGGGCGGCCGCAAGUCCGACAUUACCCACAUCGUCUUCGCCACCACCUCGGGCGUCAACAUGCCCGGAGCCGACCACGCCCUGGCCAAGCUGCUCGGCCUGAAGCCCACUGUGAAGCGUGUCAUGAUGUACCAAACCGGGUGUUUCGGCGGUGCAUCCGUGCUCAGAGUGGCCAAGGAUCUAGCCGAAAACAACAAGGGCGCCAGAGUGCUGGCAGUAGCGAGCGAGGUGACCGCAGUCACAUACCGAGCCCCGAGCGAGAACCACUUGGACGGGCUUGUGGGCUCAGCUCUGUUCGGCGAUGGCGCCGGCGUGUACGUGGUUGGAUCCGACCCCAAGCCUGAGGUAGAGAAGCCAUUGUUCGAAGUGCACUGGGCUGGAGAGACCAUCUUGCCAGAGAGCGACGGAGCCAUCGAUGGACAUCUCACCGAAGCGGGGCUCAUCUUCCACCUCAUGAAGGAUGUACCCGGGCUCAUCUCCAAGAACAUCGAGAAGUUUUUGAACGAGGCCAGGAAGCCAGUGGGAUCACCGGCAUGGAACGAGAUGUUCUGGGCGGUGCAUCCCGGAGGUCCAGCCAUUCUCGAUCAGGUGGAGGCGAAGCUGAAGCUGACGAAGGACAAGAUGCAAGGGAGCAGGGACAUAUUGUCCGAGUUUGGCAACAUGUCUAGCGCCUCUGUGCUGUUUGUGUUGGAUCAGAUUCGGCACAGGUCUGUGAAGAUGGGUGCGUCCACUUUGGGCGAGGGCAGCGAGUUCGGAUUCUUCAUUGGCUUCGGACCAGGACUGACACUGGAAGUGCUUGUGCUCCGCGCCGCUCCCAACUCCGCUUAGAUUCCACCCCACCUCUCCUUUUUACUCCCCAUUCUCACCAAUUUGUAUCAUAUCAUAUUAUUGCAUAGCAUUGCAUAGCAUAGCAUAGCAUAGCAUAGAAGUGUGCAAUUCAAUUUCAAUGGUAUUGCUUCCUGAGCUAGAGUUCGCGCUUAAUUUUAAAAGAGAAAUCAGGUUAUCGAAUCAACCUACGUUCUUGCUUCAGCGAGCUCUUUACACACUCUGAAAUCUAGGGUUCCACUGUUUCGUAUCCGGAACCUGAACGAUCUGGCGCCUGUGGGUAUAUUUCUCUCGCUGUGCUAAAUUGGCAGUGCAUCUACUCUAGCGUUCUUAUUGUUCACUCAAUUUAUUUCUGGAAGACAGGAGUUUGGCAAUGUAUAGUCACAAUGCAAUCAGAGGUGCGAAGUACAGUCUUAUUUAGAAAAUUAGGGCUGGAAGAAGAUGAAGUGGGAGUGUGUAGUGCGCAUUGUGCCGAUGGAUCUGAAAUUCAUCAGGAAUGUAAUUCAUCGGUGAAUCUCCGGACCAUGUGUUCGUUUGAGCUUUUAUAAUUGCAGCCUCUAAGUCAGCUGCGAUUGUUCGACACUA